AGACAGACUCGUGAGAACUUUUAAGGAUGGAUUGUGAGGAAAACGUUGGGAAUGAAUCUCUCGUUCUGAUAAAACAAGGAGCCGAAGCUAGGGUGUUUGAGUCUACAUUUGCUGGAAGAAGAUCCAUCGUGAAAGAACGAUUCCCGAAGAAGUACAGACACCCGGUUUUGGAUGCAAAACUCACACUUAAGCGGAUGAAUGCGGAGGCU